GAACUACUACGAAUUGCCUCUGAGCACCAUCUAUCACGUUCAUCUCAUGAUGGGUUCGGGCACGAGCUUGCCGAGGUCGGCGUCGAGCAUUCGGAGCACAGACAGUCAAAGAGGAAAACGGGGUGCCAUGCCAACCUCGGUUACGAUCACGGUGACGGAAGACCAGACGGGUCUACGUCCAAACUGUGAAUGGACCGAGACAUACUUCAACAACCAGCCCGCUAGCGAACCGUACAGCGACGACGACCUGGAGACGGUGUUCGACGACUGUCUCGACGCUCGGUCCGUCAUCGAUGGGGAGAACGGCAUCGAUUUGAAACCGUCCAAUAAAUCACUUCAUGCGAGUACUCUUCAUGUUUCCAUACCGAAGAUACAAUCUCUUCAAAUCACUGGCUUUGACACGCAUCUAAACGAAAACCAAAAGGCACACCGGACGGAUGAAUAUGAAAAUGAGAAUCUGGUGAUCCGCCGAGGCCAAGACUUCAAACUUACCGUAAACUUGAACAGAAAAUAUAAUCCACAGAAAGAGAACCUGUACUUACGAUUCGCGGCAAAAUCAAAACAUCCAAGACAAGCCAAUGGCACGCUCAUUUUGUUAUCAUUUGAUGGUUCGGGUGAGAACAACGGUUGGACCAUAAAGCUAGAGUCUUCUGAGGAUGGGCUUGUCACUGCUACUGUAAAUGCGUCUUCAGGAUGUAUCGUUGGACCUUACGGAGUGACCAUCGUUGUAAAGAACAAACGAACAGGUCUCCAACGGGAGUUCAAGCAGAAUGAGACAAUUUAUAUACUAUUCAAUCCCUGGUGUGAACGGGACUCUGUGUACAUGAGUGAUGAAAAAGACAGACAGGAAUAUGUCUUAGAAGACUUUGGCCUAAUCUGGAGGGGUAAUUACAGGAACCCUCAUGCGAAGAUGUGGAACUUUGGACAAUUCGACAAAGACGUGGUGGAUACUGUUCUUGAGAUCCUGCACGACUUUGUCCGGGUAGAAGAUCGCGGGAACCCUGUCAAGGUUACACGUAUACUCCCAGCUAUACUCAAUGCUGCAGGUCGUCUCCCGGGUGGUGUCCUAUCCGGGAAAUGGGAUGGACUCUACAAAGGCGGCUCGCGACCAACCCAGUGGCAAGGCAGCGUCAAGAUCCUGGAGGAAUACCGGAAGCACAAGAAGCCUGUCAAGUACGGACAGUGCUGGGUUUUCGCAGGAUUGUUCACCACCGUCUUUCGCUGCAUCGGGAUUCCCGCAAGGUGCGUUACGAACUUCUUCUCAGCGCACGACUCGGACGACUCGAUGGUCAUUGAUAAGUUUGUCAGUCAUGACGGGGUGGACAUUCGCGGUGGGGACUCUGUCUGGAUCUUUCAUGUGUGGAACGAGGCGUGGAUGGCAAGGCCUGAUCUAGACCCUGGUCUUCACGGAUGGCAAGUUGUUGACGUCACUCCUCAGGAAACAAGUGAAGGUAUCUACCAAUGUGGCCCUGCACCGGUUGAAGCGAUCAAACGAGGUUUGGUAAAUCAAGGAUAUGAAACUAGAUUCAUAUUUGCGGAAAUCAACGCCGACCGCGUCACGUGGAUGAUCGUCCCAGACAAACACCACCGCAACAACCCAGAAUCAGCUGGCUACGAGCUCGUUGACCUCGAGAAGAACGCAGUCGGGAAGAUGCAAUGCACCAAGGCAGUUGGCUCUAAUGAGAUACGUGACGUCACAAUGGAAUAUAAGCAUGUGGCAGGGUCUGAUGGGGAGAAAGAGAUAGUCGCCAAUGCUCUGGCCAAAGGAAUGCAACGAGGUUUCUACGACCAGGAACCUCCUGACCACGACAUCGUAAUCUAUCUGGACGAGCUCAACGACAUUACGAUCGGUGACUCUUUCGAGCUCAAGGCUCAAAUCGCAAACCUUAGUGAUGAAAGUAGGAAGGUCGCACUGAUCAUUACCCUUCACAGCACUUUGUAUACAGGUGUGAUAGGUCACCAGAUCAAGAGGAAGAAGUUGGAACUGGAGCUAGGGCCACGUGACAACGUCCAACAGAGCUUAUCAGUCCUGGUUGAAGACUAUCUCGACAAAUUAGAAGAACAGGGCCUUCUCACCAUCUUUGCGCUCCUUACGGUGAAGGAAACGGACAAAACUAUCUCAAAACGAGAGGACAUCAGAGUGAAGAUGCCUGACCUCACGGUCAAUUCAGAGGUCACGGGGUCAGAGGUCAAAUUGACCGUUGAGCUGACCAAUCCAUUGGACAGAGGAUUGACUAACUGCAUGUUUGUAAUCGAAGGAUCAAAGAUGGUCAAGCCUUUUUCGGUUAAACAAGACAAUAUCCGUGCCAAAGAAUCGAUCACUCGUGACAUUACUUUCAGGGCAAGGAACACUGGACUCAAACCCAUCUUGGUGGGAUUCGAAUCUGAUCAACUUCGUGACGUCACUGGUCACGUGCUGAUACGUGUCAGAACCCUUGAAUGUUAAUUCAACCAUUGACUUGCUACAUGAUUUAACGUGUCAAAUUAGUGUCCAUUUAUGUAAUCAUGUUUUAAACGAUCAUUUCAAACUAUGAAAUAUACUAGUUGACAUAGACCUGGGAAGAGGGGUUGAAGCACCCCCAAGAUUUUCCUAGGGGGUGCUGGGUGUGUUAUUUUCCCAAGGCAGCACUCCUGGAAUUCUGGUAGGCGUGCCAAAGAGGAGAAAUGUAUGAAAAAUGAUCCUGUUUUUGGCUUGUCAUUUUUUUAGGGACAAAAACGACCUUCAUUUUGCAAUAAAACGUUUUUUUUUUGCUAGUCAGAUUUUGUUACACACCCCCAGCAAAAAAAAAAUCGUUCCUCAGGGUCCUGCUACUUGAUGAGAGGGAGUCCAAGACUGCCUAUAAUGGGUGACCUCAUGUUUUUCUCAUUUGAAUGAUGGGGUUUUUGUAAGGGCCCAUAUGUUUCUUUUAUGCCCAUUUUUACCAUUUCUUCCCAUUUAUCCCCUUUUCCCUUUUUACAAUUUCUGUUGAUUAUAAUGAUUAGAGUGAUUAUAGCCUUCGAGACUUAUUACAAAAAACGUUAUAAAAAUAAUUUGAUUCAGAUUUAGAUAAGCAAAAGAAAAUAGCUUAUCGACAAUAAUUGAAUAAAAGCAGGGCCUCGAGAACGGUUUUUUAGUGGGGUGCUGAUGAAAAUUUGAAAAGCAAAAAAAAAAAGUUUUGUUUACACAAGGAAGAUUUCUUAGUCCAGCGAUAUUUGACGACCAAAAAGAAAGAAAAGAAAGGUUUUUACGACAAAACACACCGCUUCCCAUGACCAUAAAUAAAGAAGGCAAAGUGGAGGAAUUCUCAAGUUUUUAAUUAUUUUCCGACAUUAGAGAAUUGGACUGUCUACAAGCGAUGAUGUCAUAAGCCCGACAUCUCUCUUAUUAUGUGUGCAAUCUAUUUUAUUACUUGUUUUUCAUGCAAUUGCUACAUAACUUUGCAUUAAAAAAUAUGAAUCAUAUCAA